AUGUAUUCAGGCUACUUCGCGCUGUCUGGUCACUCGCGGGUUUACUUCCAGGGACAGCACGAAAGAACGGGGGUUAGGGCUGUCCGAGGAGCUGCGCCACGACUGGCGUUCCGCUGUUGUCCGGGUCCUCGCUACCGGCAUCAGCGGACGGGAGGAAUACCGGCCCGGGCAACGCCAAGACUACGGCGGCUGCGAUGUACACCUGCGGCAGCCAGCCCGGUCCAGCGAGCCGACCGUCGGGCCCGCGCCGCUCGCCGGAGAAAGCGAGUCCCUUCCAGCCGAGCUCGACCUCGCGCCGCCGGGCGCCUUGCUUGCCUCCCCUGCCUCCUCCAGCCCAGCCUACGGCCUCGGCCGGGGGCCCACGCAGCCCCUCUCCCCACGUGCAUUUCGAGGGGAAGAGGCUUGGCCGGCGGGCCCCGCGGUACAGCUGACGUCCUCCGGGGACGGCCCGAGCCGCGGCAGCCCGGCCUCCGCGCGGGGGCUGCUGCAAAGCAGCGGGACGGCCAUCGCGCGCCGCAGACUGGGCCGCCCUCGGCCGCCGCGCUUCCGGUGCUCCCGUCGCUCUUUCCGCCACGCGGUGCCCGAGGAGCCAUGGCGGCCCCUCCGCCGCCGGUGCUGCUGGGUCUGCGCGACGCAGCCGUCCCGCCGGGCGAUGGGCCCCCGUCGCAGGACACCGCCAGCAAGCUGGGCGGGUCUCCGGAUUGGAGGCCCUCAGUGAGGGUGGCCCAUCCUUCUUGUGGGAUUUGCAAGGCUGGCUUGCUGCACGUGGUGCAAAUCUAUUGUCCCCUUGAAGGCUCGCUGUACCACCGGGUCAUUAAUGUGUUUGCUUGUGCCACAAAAGGCUGCUGGGGGAAUUCUGAAAGCUGGAAGGUGUUACGGUCCCAGUAUUUGCAAGUCCCAAGAAAAGAAAUACAAGACUGCACAUGGAAGCAGGAGCAAGAAUGGACACAAGCAGCCAUGGACUGGUGUGAUGGAGCAGAUGACUGGGGAGAAGACUAUGAAGAGGCAUCUUCUGAGCGAUGUGGGAUAUUUACCUCUUUUCCCAGAGAAAGACACUGUGUAGCUCAGUUCCAGAGGCUUUGCCUGGGGAAAAACACAGGGGUCUUUUGUGAUCUGGCUGAGGAAGAGCAAGUCAAGCCCUCCAGCUGUGUCCCUGAGUUCCAGCCCUACUACAUCAGUGUAGUGGAUGAAGAAGACUACCUUAGUUGUGAUGAUGUGGAUCAUGUUCAGAGGCUUUUAAAGGAGUAUCAGCAGAGGGAGGAUGUGGAUUUGGAGCAGUUGAUGUCAACUGGUUAUAGCACUGAUGGUUCUGGUGAGAAGUAUGAGAAGAGUGGAACUGAAAAGAGAAACCGGUUCUUCCACAAGUUCAUGAAAAGAAUUUCCUUCUGCCAGGAACAGAUCUUAAGGUACUCCUGGGAUGGCCAGCCUUUAUUUAUUACCAGUCCAUCGGCAGACUUCCAGACAAUGGUCCCACCCUGUAAUAACUGCAAAAGUAAGAGGAUCUUUGAAUUCCAACUUAUGCCAGCCAUGGUCAACAUGCUGAAGACCAGAGACAAUGAUAUGUCAAUAGAAUUUGGAACUGCAGUGGUGUACACAUGUGAGAAAAGUUGUUGGACAACCAAUUGUUCUGCACCCCUGGAAGAAUAUAUUUUUGUACAAGAAGAUCCAGAUCAGCAACUGUUUAAAUAAAUUGUAUUUAAUUCCUUGCCUAA